CCAAAACCAAAACUCAAACGGCAAUGGCUAGAUCAAAAGAGAGACCUAGGCAGCAUAGGAAACCCACCCAUUUAGUGCUUUUCCCAUGCCCAUUACAAGGCCACAUAACUCCCAUGCUUCAGCUGGCCACAAUCCUACACUCCAAAGGAUUCUCAAUCACCAUCGUCCACACUCAAUUCAACUCUCCAAAUCCAUCCAACUAUCCAAACUUCAAUUUUGAGCACAUAUCUGAUGGCUUAUCGGCAGAUCAGGCACAGAAAUACGACGUCAUGGCCUUAGUCGCGCUCCUUAACAUCAAUUGCCAUGAUCCAUUUAGUGAUUGGAUGGCUCGGAUGCUCUCGGAGCAAGAUCCACGUGAUAUGAUUGCAUGCAUUGUUUCCGACGCUCUCAUGCACUUCACACAGUCCGUAGCGGACCACUUGAAGAUCCCAAGAAUCAUUCUACGGGCGAGCAGUGCCACAUCCUUUGUCACGUGCGCUGCCUUCCCACUGCUCCGUGAGAAAGGCUAUCUUCCCAUACAAGAUCCUGAAUCAGAGACGCCAGUGUCUGAACUCCCACCGCUCAGAAUCAAAGACCUACCGAACAUCAGCACCGACGACUCAGACACAUUGUACCAACUUGUGGCCCACAUGAACAACGAAACAAGGAACUCUUCAGGGCUCAUCUACAACUCCUUCGACUACAUUGAAGAAACCGCAUUGGCAAAAAUCCGUCAAGACUUCCCGAUACCAUUCUUUCCGAUCGGCCCGCUUCAUAAGUACUCAUCAGGAUCGUCCAGCAGUUUGCUCCCACAUGAUCAAAGCUGCAUGGUCUGGCUGGACAAGCAGGUAGCAGGGUCUGUCAUCUAUGUCAGCUUCGGAAGCUUAGCUUCCAUGGAGAAAGAAGAGUUAGUGGAGAUUGCAUGGGGGCUAGCCAAUAGUGGCCAGCCCUUCUUGUGGGUGGUUCGACCCGGAUUGGUCCGUGGGUCAGCAAUGGCCGAAAUGCCAGAUGGGUUCGAAGAGCAGACACGGGAGAGGGGCUUGAUCGUCAAGUGGGCCCCACAGCAAGAGGUCCUGGCCCACCCUAGUGUGGGAUGUUUCUGGACACACAAUGGUUGGAAUUCAACGGUGGAGAGUAUAUGUGAAGGGGUGCCUAUGCUAUGUUGGCCUUGUUUUGGGGAUCAAAAGGUGAAUGCUAGGCUUGUAAGCCAUGUAUUGAAAGUGGGUGUGCAACUAGAGAAUGGGCUUGAGAGAGAAAAGAUAGGGUGGGCCAUAAGAAGAUUAAUGGUUGAGAAGGAAGGAGAGGAGAUGAAGAAAAGGAUAAGGAAACUGAAAGAAAAGGCUGACCGUUGUUUAAGGAAAGGGGGUUCUUCCUAUGAGUCAUUAGAUAGGUUAGUAAAUUGUAUCCUAUCAUUUAAACGCACGACUCCUGGAUUCAGUCCUACUGGAUCUGGUUCAAUACCACAAACCUCCUCGAGGGGCGACUGGGGUGAGUCGGGCUGAUACACCAUCCAACUUAGGUGAGUCGCAAUUCGACUCUUGAUAACAAGUCCAUCCGAGUCUCUGGGUCUAUAAACCUUUAUUCUUCAUUUGAGAGAGUUCUGUGUGAUUCGAAAAGUAAUGUUGGAAAGUCAAUAAUGGCAACAGCUGCGUCCUAUUCGAGUAAAAGAUAUUUGUAUUAUAAUCCCAGUGUUAAAAUAAAUUGAUAAAAACAUUGGAGA